CGUGUUGUCUAUAACUAAAUCACAUGACCACUUUAUUUUGUCCCCGUGAUCAAGUUUAGAAAAUUCAAAAAUAAUUACACGCAAUGGCCAAAGUAGUAGUACUUGACGUCGAUGAAAAUUCUCUUGAUAACAGUGCGGACAACGAAUUACUAGGAAUGGUAGAUGAAGGAUCUCUCGGAAGUGCAGAUUGUGAGAGAUCACAAUUAGUGUCGCAAUCGUUUCUGGAUAAUAACGAAGAAAAUAGUACGUCCUACAAUUUUAAAGAUCUGUCUGGCACAGUGGCGUACAAACUUAUACCGAUGACAGGGAAUCAAACUCCCAACAACAUGGCUACCGAGUCUAUAACAUCUGGUGUACUACCCAGUGGAGAAUUUUAUGUGAUUGGUAAUCCUGUACAAGUUUUUGGAACGGAGGCCGGACAAAAAAAAGUUGUUAGAAGGAAGAGUGCUCUGCAGAAUAAAGUUAUCACCGCUAAGAAGCGUGAUGACAAACGACGUGCUACUCACAACGAAGUUGAAAGACGUCGACGUGAUAAAAUUAACAGUUGGAUUACAAAGUUGGCAGCAUUGGUGCCAAACUCAGGUCUACAGGAUACAGCCAGUAAGGGGGGAAUUUUGGCGAAGGCGUGUGACCACAUCACUGAACUCACAGAAAGACAGAAAAAAUUAGAAAAACUAGAAGUGGACAAUGACAAACUAGUGUUAGAAGUCUUAAGAUUGAACCAAGAGCUUGCCGAUUUGAGAAAGGAGAACGCUUCAAUGAGAAGUCAGUUGGCCGACAACUGUAUAGUUACAAUGCAGAACAGACGAGCCCGAGGACAGAAAUCUUAGUUGGAAAUAUUUUAUUAUUAAUAUAUGAACUGUUGGACUUCGGUCCGCUAAAGGUGCUGAGUAUGUAACAGAAGAUAAGUGUUGUUGUUGUUACUCGUCAACAUCCAUUAUAAUGUACCGGUAAGUUUUAUAGCAAUUUUGAGUAUUAAUUCAACUGUUGGGGACAUAAAAUCAAGUUUAUAUGUGACUUCAUAUAAACAGCAUAUAGAUUAAAUUAAAAUUGAGAUCACACACAUCAAAUAGCCUUUAGUCAUUAUCUGUUUUGUUUGUAAAUAAUUUGUUAAUAUUACAUACUUUUUUUUUGUUAUUUAUUUGUAAAAAUAAAUAACAGUAGGUUAUUUGUGUUAUAAAUAGUUGAAGCACAUUUGUUGAACGACCACUCUUCAAAUUUAUAAUCUAUGGUAAUUUGUUGUAUGUAAAUUUGUUUUAUGAAUAUUUAUCAUAGUGAUUAAAUUAUUAGUAUUACAUAUAUAAAAAUGUUUGAUCAUAAAAAUUAAGUAUUGUUUUUGAGAUUAUUACUUCAUUAUAAAAAAUAUAAUAUCUCAAAUGAGAGAUAGUAAUAGUUGAAAAAAAAUUGUAUCGCAGAAUUUAAAGGCAAGUCACUGGAACAUUUUGUUGUAAUGUAGUUUAAGUUAUAUUGAACGAAUCGUUAAAUUUGAUAUUAAUUACUUGAAGCGAGAUAGUUUGAAAAUUUGUCAUAUUUUGUGUCACAAGGUAUAAAAAAGAUUUAAGACACGAGUAGUUCUGACGGAAGUGUGAUUUUUUUUUGAAUUUUUCAAUAAACAAUAUUGGUUAUUGUUAAAAUUUCCGAUAAAAACCUAAUGUUUUUUUAGUUGUGCCGAAAAUGUUAUUGAAAAAUAUAUAAAUAUUGUACGCAAAGGUAAGAUCGUAAUGCUUAUAUCCAAACAAUGUUUUCUUUAUUUCUUGUGAUACGUUUUAGGUUUUCGUUAUUGAUUGAGUUUAUUUCAUUAAAACAUUUUAGGUUAUAUUUAAUUAUUAUGGUUAAUACUUUUAUAUAUGAGAUGAUUUAUUUUUAAAUAUCUUCCAUCAUGGUGUCCAAAAAUAAAGACGCUAUUUAUCCAAUGUAAGAAUUUUGUACAGAGCAAUAAAAUAUGGAAAUUUA